CUGUCACUAAAAUAUACCAUUUAAUGUUUAUUCGCGGUGUUACUUACACUGCUGUGGAAAAAUCCCAGUAGUGCGAAAUGAAGCUGAAGGAGCUAGAAAGCUGUCUGCAGCAGGUGGACACGUUUGAGGAGCCUAAAAUCCUGCUGGAGCAGUACCCAACCAGCCCGCACAUUGCAGCAUGCAUGCUUUACACGAUCCACAGCACGUUUGACGACAUAGAGGGUAAACUGGUGGCAGACCUGGGUUGUGGCUGUGGGGUCCUCAGCAUCGGGGCUGCCAUGCUGGACGCUGGUUUGUGUGUCGGUUUUGACAUCGAUGAGGACGCACUGGAGAUAUUCAGAAGGAACGCAGAAGAGUUUGAGCUCUCCAACGUGGAUCUGCUCCAGUGGGAUCUAUGCCACCUAGAAGCUGAGGCUUAUGCUCAGAGGUUUGAUACGGUUAUAAUGAAUCCACCCUUUGGUACAAAACACAACCAAGGGAUGGACAUGAAGUUUCUCCGUGCUGCUUUAACCAUGUCAAAAACAGCGGUGUACUCGCUUCAUAAAACAUCAACAAGAGAGCACAUACAGAAGAAGGCUAAAGACUGGGGAGUGAAAAUGGAAGUCAUUGCAGAACUGAGGUAUGAUUUGCCGGCUUCCUACAGGUUCCACAAGAAAAAGUCGGUUGACAUCCAAGUGGACUUCAUACGAUUCUCCAAAGCCUGAAUUUUUUUUUUUUACUGGAAUGGGAUUUAAAGUUGCCUCUACAUUUUAC